UUAUUUAUAUAUAUUCGUUGAUUUGUAGUUUGAUCUUUAUUGAAUGCAUUGGACUUUGUCUAAACUGAACACAUGGGAAUAAGUUGUUCAUUUUUAUCUUAUAGGUGAAGGAAAUAGAGGAAAUUGUAAAAUGGGUGUCAUUCCGUGCUAAUGUUCAUAUGAAGAAUAUAAUUUGUAAAUUUACACCCCUUUUCCAAAAACACUGCAGAUGAACUGCAAGAUUAACUUUUACCGUCUGAAGCCAUUAUUUUUUUGUUUUGUUUUGUUUUCUCAGUAUUGUUUUAUGAUUACCAUAAUUUUUUCUUCUCCAUCCUCCUCUUCCUGAUGACGUUUCUUUUUCCCUUGUGAAUGAGGACGCUGUUAAUGAAAUUUUUGGGAAGCGGUUUCACUAUCCAUGUAAAGUUGAAUGCAUCAAGAUGCUGAAGGUCAUAGGGUUGUUUGCGCUUAAGUAUAAUUUGAUUUAGAUCUGCUGGUUAAGAAAAUGUGCUACCAUCUGGAUAUUGGGAAUAUGGUUGCCUGCUAACUCACUCAAUCUUGUGGUCUAGCUGAUUGGGGUUUGGUAGGAUUUUAAUAUGCAAAUUCAGCGACUAAUUGUUUCUGUGGGAUAAAAGAACUUGACAUUCUUGAUUUAAACCAGAGGAACUAUUAACAAGUGAUGUGCUGAUGCCUGCUCGAGCAAACCUUUCUUGUUUUAUUGUUCCUUGAUGUUUUUGAUGAGGAAACUGAAGCCACUAAAAUGUUUCAGGAUCCGACUAAUAAAUGUUCUAGUAUUUUCAUGGGGAAUUUUAUCUUGCUCUGGAUGAUUAUUAAGCCCAACUUAUUUUUGGGUUACCCUUCUUAUCAAUGGUACAGCCAAAAGUUAAUGAAGAAGUUUAUGUGGUUUACGAGAUGUUGCGUGGGGCAGAAAGUCUGGGCUAGAUUGCUAUAUUGACUCAGAUAAUGAGUUUGCUAAGUCAAAUAAUCUCAGAAAGUUUUCAGAAGCCAUAUCUCAUAGAUGGAAUGUUUUGUUGUACGAAGUACUGUCUGCCUCUUUGUAAUUCUUUCUUCGCGUUCCUGUUCGUGACUAAUUACUAUUCAAGUGAGAGAUAGCUGGUUUCUCAUUUGCUAGUUUCACUGGAGUUGAGAGUUGUCAGUUUGAUUUAAGAUGAAGAAGAAAAUGUAGCAGUGGUGCAUGUGUUAUGGCUAAGAUUUAUGAUAGCAUGCAAAGGUACAGUUUUGGGACAUCAAUAACCAUUUCAUUCUUUUGAGUGGACACUGCAUCUUUGAAUUUCAUUUUUCUGUGAUGAAGUUGCCAGAGUACCCUACAUUUCCGAGCAUGCUCAGAAAGUUAUUUGUACUGGUUUCUGUUUAGCAGCUUAUGUGGCUAGAAAUUGUACUAGUGAUGCCAGGCUUAGCAGCUCAGACAUUUUCUGAAGAAUCGGCCAAACUGCAUUUGUAGUCUUUAGUUUGACAUGGAUCCUCCUUGUAUGAUGUCAGCUGAAUUUUAAAUGUCUGCUUGAGAACCUUUUCUGAUCAGUUGUUAUCUUUGUUGGUGAGCUUGUUAAGUAAUGUGUGAUGGACCGGACCCUGGACAAUGAUGUCGAUAUUAUUGCCAUCUAAAAGUUCCAGAGUUCUUAGGCCCUCAGUUUUCUGUUAUGUCCGAGCAUUAUGAAUGUCUAUUUGUCGGGUAUAGUACUGCAGUCUGCAAGAGAGCAAUUGGAUCUGAAGCUAAAUUUGAGUUCCGUAGGUGCAGUGGCAGUUCCUAUUUAGAGGAAUGGGUUUAGGUUGUGGCAACGUGAGAAAUUAUGGAGCUGUAGUUUUUCAUUCCUUUGUUUGCAUCCUUUUCCUGUUGUUUGGAGUCGUUUCUCAAGAUUUGCCAAGAAUGCUGCUGUUCUGUUUUCCUUUUCUGUGGUGUUGAUGUGCUAGUUUACUCAUUUUAUACUCAUUGACAGUCUUUGUCUUAGCAAAGUUUGAAUUCAUCGAUUUUUGAAUCUAUUUAAACUUAAGAGGGGUUGAAUAUGAAUAUGUGCCUAGUUAAGUAUGGUUGCCACGCAAGAAGUUUUGUUGUUGUCAAAUUUUCUAAUACAGCCUCUUGUCCACGAAUUCUGUGGUUGCUAUGCAAGUUGGUCAUCAAGUUUUCUAGUACAGCCUCUUGUGUCCACAAGCUGAUGGGAUCUCUAUUGCAGAAUAAGUUGGCAUCUCAAUUGCCUGAAAUUUUGCUGUGUCUUCUUGCCUGCGUUUCCUUGACCAUUCAUCCUGGAAGAUAUGUUGUUCAAGGAUUCAUCUUUCUUUUUUGAGAUUUAUUCCACCAUCUACUUCACAUCACGUCCCAAUAUGAUCAUUUGACAACAACAUUGAGGUUAACAAAUCACCUAGUUGGAGUAAUACACAAAUCAAAUGAAGUGUUUGUAGUGGGCUUUUUUUUUAGUUAAGAUUGACUUUGAGUACCAUUUUCGGAUGGCUGACUGCUCAGAAGAAGGCCAUGUAGCCAUGUUUUUAUGGCAUUGUUUCUUUUGAAUAAAAGGCGACUAGAGAUGUAAGAUACUCUCACUUCAGAAGAUAGACCUAAAGAUGUGCAGGUGCUUUUGUUUUGUUAAGGAAUUAUGUAACAUGUUGCCAUGAGUUCAUAAACGGAAGAAAAAAUCAUGUUGGAAAAGAAUACAGGCCGCCCACGCGGCUUUGGUUUUAUUACAUUUUCAGAUCGGCGGGGAAUGGAUGACGCUAUCAGAGAGAUGCAUGGACAGGAGUUUGGAGAACGAAUAAUUUCAGUGAACAAGGCUGAACCUAAAAUGGGAGAAGAUAUGGACCAUGGUUACAGGGGGGGAGGGUACUCGACUGGUGGCAGGGGUAGCUAUGGGGGUGGGGGAGGAGGAGAUAGAUCUGCAAGGCAAGAUGAGUGCUUCAAAUGUGGGCGUCUUGGACACUGGGCUAGAGAUUGUCCUUCAGUUGGUGGUGGCCGAGGAAGGGGAGGAGAUUCAUUUCUUGCACGUUCUCGGCUUGGUGAUAGUGAUCGUGGGGAUCGCUUUGCUGGAGAUGCUAAUCGUUAUGUGGAUGAUCGUUAUGAUGGUGGUGGGCGCUUUGGAGAUAGAGAUCGCUUUGAUAGCAGCAGCAGGGACAACAAAUAUGGCAGUCGUGAUCGCUAUGUUAGUGAUAGGUAUCCACCUGGUGGAGAUCGCUUUGGAAGCAGUAGGUAUACUAACGAUUCUGAUCGUUUUCCUGUAAAUGGCUAUGGCAAAGAUAGAGGGUAUUAUAGAGAUGGUGGACCUCGUGGGGUUGACAAGUAUGGAAGUGGUGGUCCUGCACGCGAUGAGGGAAGAAGCUAUAGAAACAGACCAGCUCCUUAUGAUCGCCCUAACCGUGGUGGGCGGCCAUCAUCAUUUGAUCGUUAUUGACUGUUUUUAUUGUUAACACAUUAUCAGAUUUAUCAAAAGUACUACAUGCUCGGUGUUGUGCUGUUAGUUACUAGGAUUGUAGUUGCAGUACCGAUGCCUGACUGAGACAGAUUGUUCCUGUGUUGUGUAGUUUUAACUAGAGUUUUUUUGCUCAGAGAGACAGAUAAAUGCUCUAAAGAACGAUGAAUGGAAAGAGAACAGAUUUAAGUUGACAAUUUUGUGGUUUCUAAAAUGAGGCAAAUCUCGAACGGAAGGGACUCUUAAGGCUUUGAUUCAUAGUUCAUAAACAAAUUAGCAAAGAUACAACUAGAGAGGCCAGUAGCACCAUAUUCGUGUAUUGAGCAGAGGUAUGAUGAUGGACGAAGAAAAUAUGAGACAAAGCUGGAAAAUUGGCUUCCCAAAGAACGAACUCUACGGCUGUUGGGAAGAAAUAUUGGUUUGGGCUUCAAUUGGAAUUACUUUUUUUUUGCUUUCUCCCUUUCUUUUUUCUGAACGUUUCUUCCGAUUUUAUGUUACUGAUUCUCUUGAACUUUAGGAAAAUGAGAAAGGAAAAUGGGCACAUUUUGAGUGCUCGAUUCUAUA